CUAACAUAAACAAAAAACAGCUGUCAAGAUGUUGUGGUGGAAAUUAGAGACAAUAAAAAUUUGAAUUUAACAAUUAUAAUUAUUAAACUAAUACUGGAGAAAACAAAUUAUGUGGCCAAGAAGAUCUUAGUUUUGUUUUAAGUGGAGCGUAAAUCUCAAGGAGUAACUAAUGUCGCCUCAACAAAACUAAAAACAUGCGGCUGAAGGAGCAUUCCGAUAUUAUUUUCGAUGUGAUCCCCAAGUUAUAUGAAUCGCAUAGCAAAGUAUUUAUCACUCAUCUGCACAAUGUGGAAAAGCAGCUGGAACGUUUGCCGAAGAAGUUUUGCAAAAUGUAUACAAAUCGCUCAUUGGCCAGUCAAUUGUUAUGUUACCUAACCUCCCGUAAUGCUAGUAUAUCAGAAUCGGAUUUCCAUAUAGUCGAGGAUGCCAAACCCUUUCAGCUACGACUCAGUGAUGGCAAACGAUUGGAGGUAAUGCUCUGUGCCGGCAAUGAGCUAAAAAAUUCUCUCAUGUUGCUCAUACGUCGAAUCCAGGGUGGUCCAUUGCUCUAUUAUUACUCGGCUGUACAACAGGAUGAUCUCUGGCGAUUGAUGGGAAAUGACACUUAUAAUGCAUGGAUAGCUCAGGGCACCGAAAUUUUAUAUCUCAAUCUUCAGCAUGCCAAUCAAACGGAAGUUCUGCAUUACGAUUAUGAUGAGAUAGCCGAGUCGAUAAUUAAGUUUGCCGAGGAAAGAGAAAGAAAAGUUCUAAUCAAGUUGCCACUUUUUGGCUAUGAGUAUGUCAUUCGAUCUUUAGCCUAUACACAGCUUUAUGGUCACAUUCAUUUAAUGGGAUGCUUUGGCGAUGCUUAUCGUCACCUUACCAAUGAUAUGCAGCGCUUCAACAAUCCCAACUUUGCUGAAACUGUGCAGGUCUGCUCUUUGGCUGAUAGCAUUGGAACUGAAGACUUGGUAGAGUUUCCCGUGACUCAACUUAAAUGGACGCCUGUGCCCACUCGGGUUAAUCUCAAACAACUCUGUAGUCUCUUAAGACCGAAGCAUAUUCAUGGCAUUGUAGCUUAUCAUGCACUGGGCAAUGCACCACCAGCUCCAAGUUAUCUCCAAGCAUUAAGGUCAACGUUUUCCCCAAAUGCACUACGACGGAAAAUGGAAAUGCAUCAUGGCUCUGCGAAUGCUAAAUCCGACAUUCGUCAUGCCAAAAGGCGAAGAAUUGACUAUGUUGAUGAUGCCAGUGAUAGUAAUUAAAAUCGUCGGCUAUAUCAAAAUCGAAUGGAAAAUUGCAAAACCUCAUUACAACUCUUAAGGCACAAAUAUUAAGACUAUUACUAAUUUUAAAUAUAUUUUCCCUUUUAUCAUUAUAUCGCUUGUUAAGAAAAUUGUAAUUAUAAUUUGUAAUUUUUUUUUUUCUCCUAAUUCAAGAUGCAAAUUUACAGGCAGCUUUUUUUGUCAAAAAAAAAUAUACUAGUUUUGUUAAUAACUUUGCAAAAACCGAAACCAAACAUCAAUUAAAAUAAAAUAAAGCAACUUCUCCAGAGGACAGAGGACAAAACA